AUGGCAACGAUCGCGUCGACAUCGCAAAGUAUGAACUCGAACACGCUUGACAGUGAGCACUACGCGUCGCGUGACUUUUAUAUUGGUUUAGCACUCGCCAUCACUUCGUCCGCUUUCAUCGGCAGUUCGUUUAUCAUUAAAAAGAAAGCAUUGAUAAAGCUCGCUAGCGGUGAUAUAUCGCAAAGAGCAAGCGAAGGCGGCUACGGGUAUCUGCGAGAAUGGCUGUGGUGGACUGGAGUGUUAACAAUGGGAGUUGGAGAAGCGUGCAAUUUUGCAGCGUAUGCGUUUGCACCUGCAUCACUGGUCACACCAUUGGGAGCGCUUUCAGUUAUUGUCACUGCUGUGCUUUCAUCGCGAUUACUCAAUGAACGAUUGAAUCUAUUUGGUUCAAUUGGUUGUACAUUAUGUAUAUUAGGGUCAACUGUUAUUGUAAUCCAUUCGCCGAAGGAAGAAGAAGUUGGAUCAAUGGCUGAAUUGGCUCUCAAAAUGAAAGACGCGGGAUUUCUGAUCUACGUGAUACUCAUCAUUCUUUCAACCGGAUUCAUUGUGAUCUACAUUGCGCCCCGAUACGGACAAACCAAUAUUCUGGUAUAUAUUUCGGUGUGCUCGCUUAUCGGUUCGCUCUCGGUUCUUUCAGUAAAAGGUCUCGGUCUUGCAAUUAAAGAAACGCUGUCAGGAAAUCAACAAUUGACCAACUGGCUGACAUACUUCUGGCUAGCUUCAGUAGCAAUGUGUGUUUCGGUUCAGCUUAUAUAUCUUAAUAAGGCUUUGGACAUCUUCAAUACCUCAAUGGUUACUCCAAUUUACUAUGUCUUUUUCACGACAUUUGUAAUCCUCGCCUCUUCUAUUCUUUAUAAGGAAUGGUCGUGUCUUGGAGCUUCAGAUGUUUUGGGAAAUAUUGUUGGAUUCCUGACGACAAUUAUUGGAAUCUUCCAGAUGCAAUUGUUCCGUGACGUCAAUAUCAGUCUCUACCAAGUUCAUCGAUUGGUGUCAAAACCAUCAGCUUGUUUAGCUUCAUCAGAAUUCACAUCAUCGUCAACGAAUCUUGUCGACGACUUCAACAUGCGGCAGCAAAACAGCUCGCGAAGAAUGGUCUACACUUAA